GAAGGUAUUGUAAAUUUGCGGUUGUAUUAUAACGAUGAGAUUAUACUAAACACACACGAAGGAGUGACUUUUGUUUGUGAAUGUCCGUUUUUCUUUGCUAUUCCAUGCACCAUGAGUUUUGUAGAGUUGCGAAAUGAUCUUUGUGAGAACAUACAAAGUCACAUUUUAGAGAGGGUGAGCAAUAUUUUAUACAGGAAUCCUGUACAAGUAUUUAGUGGGCUGAUACAGUUUCAAAUAAUAUCCAUCACUAAUGAUGUAUGUAUGCAGCAGAUGUUCUAUAUUUAUCAAUAAAUUCGAUUUCACAUGCCAAUGAUAGAGUUGUACAUCGAGUAUGAACAGUAUAUGGGGCUGGACGCGGUUGGCGAGGAGGUGAAUAUGGAUGAGCUCGAGGAUAUAGAUUGGGAAGAAUAUAAUAACGACAGUGAAGAGGAGUUUGAAGUCAACAACAAAGUUGAUGACGAAAAUAAUGAUGGAGACGAGGCAGACAAUCCAGCGGUUCAAAAUGAAGCAGAUGCACUUGUCAACCAGCACCCCUUUGGUGUUUCGUCUUUUAUGCGAACUUUGGAUCUCGCAGCCAUGCCUAUCCCGAAAUUUUCUGAGUAUGCAAAUAUGGGUGAAGGUAAUGCUACGGUGGAAGAUGGUGAAUUUGGUGUAGAAUGAAAUUUGGUUCUAGAGAGUCGGUGAUCUCUACAAUCAAAAGCUACACUAUCUUUAGAGGAGUUGAUUACAUUGUGUAUGAGUCCGAGCCAUAGACAUUCUAUGCAAAAUGCAAGGGAUAUGAUACAAGGUGCGAUUGACUUAUCUGAGCUAGCUUGAUUCGAAAGAGACGUUAUUAGGAAAUCAGAAGAUACAAUGGCAAACACACGUGCACCAUGGGGACGAUUUCACAAGAUCAUUCCAAGUUAGACUCAGACACAAUUGCAGAUGUUAUUAGAAAGUUGGUUGAAGCAGAUCCAUCGAUAAAAGUAAAGUCUAUUAUUGCAAAAGUUCAAUCAAGGUUCAAUUACAUUGUAAGUUACCACAAGGCUUGAUUGGCAAAAUAAAAAUAUGUCGCAAAGAUUUUUGUGAUUGGAAAGUUUCUCAUGAGACUCUGUCAGUAUGGUUAAAAGCAAUGGCUGCAAAGAUACCAAGAUCUCGUGUUCAAAUAAAAACUCUCUCUGUCUAUUGUGAAAGUGAGGAGGUGAAUGGUGUAAGAGUUCUCCAUUGGAUAUUUCGGAGCUUCUAUCCGUGUAUUACAACAUUUAGACACUACAAGUCAUUGGUGUACGUUGAUGGCACACACCUUUAUAGAAAAUAUAAAGGUGCACUUUUAGUUGCAGUGGCACAAGACGGGAACCAAAACAUUAUGUCGAUUGCUUUUUCCAUCGUGGAGGGUGAGACGAUAGACACGUGAGAGUUUUUUCUUACUAAUUUGCAAAGAUAUGUUGUUACUUGAGAUGGAGUGGGCAAUAUUUUUUUACUGCCGUAACUCUAUCAAUGCAGUAAUAGCUCGCAGUAAUGGUGCAUGAUCACCACCAAGUGCGUGGCACAUGUUUUACAUCAGCCACACCGGGUCCAUUUUUUUAAGGAGGUUCAAGGCUCCAUAUUUGUAUAAACUCGUGGUUAAUUCAUGUAUUUGAAU